AUGCCGGCCAUCUCAGAGGCGGAGUAUCUUGGUCUUGUGACUGGGUUCAAUGCGACUGAUGAUGGUCGCUUUCUGGGGAAGCGCCUGGAUCUGUUGUUCGAGGAUGUUGUGGAAGAGCAUCCAUCCAGCAUCGCCUUGAUUCAUGGCGAUAACCGGGUAUCAUAUCAAGAAUUGAACAAUUCUGCAAACAACUUUGCACGGUGCCUCGCUCGGCGGGGUGCGAAUCAAGGCGACAUCAUUGGACUCGCCGUGGACCGCUCUAUAGAUUUGGUCACGGUCAUGCUCGCUGUGUUGAAGCUCGGUGCAGCCUACGUACCAAUCGAUCUAUCAUUCCCCAAGAGUCGUAUCGACCAGAUGAUAGAAGAUGCCGAACCGAAAUUCAUCAUUACGAGUGGACAUACAGAUAGUCUCUCACGCUGGAAAGGCUUGAGUCUGGGCGUUGAUGAGAUCAGACAUGACGAGAUCACCCAUGCGAGCAAUUUGGAAGUCAAAAUUCAACCAGAGGACCUGGCGUAUGUCAUAUACACCUCAGGUUCCACGGGGAAACCCAAAGGGGUUGAGAUUAGCCAUGGUGCUGCAACGAACUUUUUGGCCUCGCUAAGAGAGCGGGAACCGGGGUGCGGACCACAUGAUACAUUGCUCGCCAUCACUACGAUUUCAUUCGACAUGUCCAUCUUGGAGCUAUUCUUACCCCUCCUGUCUGGGGCAAAAAUGGUCAUUGCACCAGCUGAUGCUGUCAAGGACCCGCAGGAACUGCUGAGAUUGAUGCUGCUUCACGGCAUUACCAUGAUGCAGGCAACGCCAGCAACAUGGUCGAUGCUAUGUGAUUCUGGGUGGCAAGAUCAGCCGAGGCUUUCCAAAGCCAUCUGUGGUGGUGAAGCACUUUCUCGCCAGCUCGCCGACCGCCUCUUAAUCCAUGCUGACACCGUGUGGAAUGUCUAUGGCCCAUCUGAAACAACCUAUGGAAGCGUCGGGCAAGUCGGUCAUGAUGGUGCCAUCAGUGUGGGAAAUCCGGUCGCGAAUGGUCGCAUCUACGUCCUUGAUGAAGACCUCUCGCCGGUUCCCUUGGGAAGUAGUGGGGAGGUGUAUAUUGGUGGCGCCAGCGUAUCGAAUGGUUACCGUAACAAGCCAGAGCUUACGCGUUCCCGUUUCCUUCCAAACCCCUUCCAUGGUGGUGUCUUCUUUCGUACAGGUGAUCUUGGUCGUUUUCUGGAAGUGGGAAAGUUACAUAUCCAUGGAAGAAUUGACGACAUGGUCAAGAUUCGAGGCUAUCGCAUUGAAGUUGGUGAUGUGGAAGCUGCUAUAAUGGACAAUGUUGCGGUGUCCGAAACUGCUGUUAUUGGACGCGCCGGCCGUCUUGUGGCCUACUGUGUGCCUAGUCCUGAUUUCUCAACGACACUGUCAUCCUCCGAACAGGCCGGAGCAAUCCUCGAUCACAUUUUGCGACCUUGGCUUACAGAAAGGCUGCCAGAAUAUAUGGUACCAGCAUUCUUUGUGGCUAUGGAUGUCUUGCCGUUAUCGCCAAAUCAAAAGGUUGAUCGAAAAGCCCUACCAGAUCCUUUGAUGAAGAUGAGCAUCAUCUCUUCUAAGCAACCCACAACUAACUUGGAGACCCAAAUACGAGACAUAUGGUCCAGCGUCCUAGGCCAUGAUCAAGUUGGUAUUGAAGAUGGCUUCUUUCAGAUCGGAGGCGAUUCCGUUAGACUGAUCCAAGUACAAAAGCAGCUGGAGAAGUUGGUCGGCUUCAAGAUACCAGUGCCUGUGUUGUUUGAACAUUUCACAAUCAAAGCGCUAGCUAAGUAUCUCAUGGGAGCCACGAGUAUCUCUGAACAAAAGGUGGACACGGAUCGCGAUGCUGGAUUUGACAGGAAGGUCCACGAUGAUGACAUUGCGAUUGUCUCCAUGGCAUGCCGUUUGCCUGGCCACAUCCACGAUCCUGAUGACUUCUGGGAUCUUCUCGAAAGGGGCGGUGAUGCCAUAACCAAAGUUCCGAAAGAUCGUUGGGAUGCUGACAAGCUCUACGAUGCAAGCCCAGGCAUACCCGGGAAAUCAUACUGUCGGUAUGGCGGGUUCCUGGACUCGAUCCUUACACACGAUAUAUCUUUUUUCGGCAUUUCGCCACGAGAGGCUCAGGAAAUGGAUUGCACGCAACUCUUGGCGCUUGAGGUUGCCUGGGAAGCCUUCGAGCGUGCUGGUUACACCCGGCAAAUGCUCCAAGGCAGCGAGACCGGCGUGUUUUUGGGCGUCAGUAACAACUUGGCAACAAAUCGAAAGUCGGGCAACCUGAAUGGCUACUCCAUCACGGGAAGCGCCAGUGCCGUGGCCUCUGGCCGUCUAUCCUAUUUUUUCGGCCUCCAUGGACCAACGAUGACCGUGGACACCGCAUGUUCCUCUUCCCUAGUCACAGUGCAUCUGGCAUGCAACGCCUUACGCUUGGGUGAAUGUGAUAUGGCCCUUGCAGGCGGCAUGACGAUAUUAUCCAGCCCUGGUAUACAUAUCGAAUUUAGUCAACUACAGGGAUUAUCACGCGAUGGUCGCUGCCGAGCCUUCUCUGCUGAUACGCAGGGCACAGGCUUCAGUGAGGGCAUCUCCAUGAUGGUGCUUAAACGUCUAUCCAAGGCAGAACGUGACGGCGACAUUAUUCAUGCUGUUAUCAGAGGCACAGGUGUGAAUCAUGGAGGACGAGCUGCGGGUCUUACCGUGCCUAGCGGCCCUAGCCAGGCCCGGCUGAUUCGGAAAGUACUUGCAGGCGCUGGAGUUCAGGCCAGCGAUGUCGAUUACAUUGAGGCGCAUGGUACGGCUACAACGCUCGGUGACCCGAUCGAGGCUGCAGCACUUGCUGAAGUCUUUCGUGGCAGAGACUCGAAAGCUGAUCCCUUGUGGAUUGGAUCCUCCAAAUCGAAUAUCGGCCAUUGUGGAGCAGCAGCUGGCAUUGCUGGUAUGAUCAAGGUCGCUCUGUCUCUUCAGCACAGCAAACUACCACGAACCCUGCAUGCGGCAGUGCCGACUUCUGCAGUCGAUUGGGAGGCAGCUAAAAUGUCACUUGUUCAAGAAGAACAACCUUGGCCUGCCAGUAUCCAUAGAAAGCGUCACGCAGGCAUCAGCUCGUACGGAAUAGGAGGCACAGGCGCCCAUGUCAUUCUCGAGGAGUCUCCCAGCCCGGCAAAUGAACUUGGUCAAAUGAAUAGUGGCGAAUCACCAUCAUUUGAUCUGGUAUUUCUCAUCUCUGGCCGGACGUCUAUCGCCUUGCAACAUCAAGUGCUGCGGUUCGAACAAUACGUCAAGAGACCAGGUCCCAGCCCAUCUCUUCAAGACAUGGCCUUUUCGUUGGCGACUACUCGUACUCAUUUUCAUCACCGCUUGGCUUUCAAAGCCCGAAGUAAAGACGAUUUGCUGGAGCAGCUGGCGUCAAUCCGCGAGCCUAGUUCUUCGAUAGUGACAAAUCCUUUCGAUCAGGAUGUAAGAAAGCCACGCCUUGCUGUGCUCUUCAGCGGUCAGGGUAGCCAAGUCUUGGGCAUGGGCAAAAUGCUUUACCAGACAUAUCCACUCUUUCGCUCGUCGCUAGAUCAAGUGGCAGCAUAUUUUUCUGAACUCGAAGCACCUUUGUUAGAUGUGAUGUGGGCUGAGGCUGGCACAAGCUUGGCUUUAUUGCUAGAUCGGACCGAUUUUGCUCAGGCUGCAAUAUUCUCCAUUCAGGCCUCACUUUGGCUGCUCUGCGAGAGCUUCGGGGUAGAACCCGAUGUCAUCCUAGGCCACAGCGUUGGUGAGUUCGCAGGGGCUUUUGCCGCUGGUGUUCUGGAUCUUCCAAGUGCCUGCUCUCUUGUGGCUUGUCGUGGUUCCUUGAUGCAAAGUAUGCCCGACAGUGGUGCGAUGGUAGCCAUGGAGGCUGGUCUACAGGAGACCGUUGCAGCGAUCAACCUUUUGGGGCAUGGUAGUCAAGUCUCUAUUGCUGCAAGUAACUCGCCAGAGCAAACGGUCAUCUCUGGAAAUCGCGAAGACGUAGGAGUCAUCACGGCUCACUUUACCGCCAAGGGUCGCAAAAGCAAGAAACUCAAUGUGUCUCGCGCGUUUCAUUCACAUCUUAUGAGAGAUAUACUGCCACAAUUCCGUGCAGUGGCAGAGAAAAUCACCUUCCAUCAACCUCGAAUACCUAUUGUCAGCAGUCGGACAGGUCAGCUGGCUGAUGCAGGUCAGAUGGAGGAUCCAGAAUACUGGGUCCAGCACAUUGUCGACCCGGUACUCUUUACAGAUGCCAUAUUUGCUGUUUCUGACUUGGGUGUCAAUGUGUCUCUGGAGCUCGGCUCACGUCCAGUCCUCAGCAGCAUGGGCAUGGAAUGCUUUGUAGACCGUCAAGAAUCUGACUAUAUGACCUGGCUUCCCUCCCUUGCUCCGGGUCAGCAAGACCUUUCUGUCUUUCACCGAAGUCUCGCCGAACUACACAUCCGCCAUGUUGGGAUCAAUUGGUCGGCAGUCUUUUCUCCAUUCCAUUGUCGAAGGGUACAGCUACCUACAUAUGCUUUCCAACGCAACUACUCUCUUCCCCACGAUGACGGCAACGAAUCUACGUCGCAAGUACCUUCAUCGGAGCUAGCGGCAAAGCCUACAGAUCAAACGUUCGCUAUUCAAUGGCAGCCUUCCAAUACUCAAAAGAAGCCUUUGAUAUCCACUUGGGGAAUUCUUUGCCCGGCUGGCGUUGAAUUGCCUUGGAUGUCUGGGGUCAUCGCCUCUUUGUCGCGCAGAGGCCUAUAUGUGCGGAAGGUGGACCAGCUUGGUGACGCAGAGUCGCUGAGUGGUCUGAUCUGUCUAAUGGACUUAUCUGCAGAUGUGUUGAGUCAGGCUCACACACUAUCAAAAAUGACUCUGAGUCUAUUGCAAACGGCAGUGGAAGCCCGUUUUUCCCCAGAACUUGUAUGGGUGACCCACCAAGCUGUUGGCACUGGCUUCCAGGACGGAGUUACGAAUGCUGGGGCAGCACCUAUAUGGGGACUGAUACGGACAGCCCGAACCGAGCACUCUGAAUUGCGCCUACGCUUGAUAGAUCUAGGGGAAGGGCAGAGCACGGUCGACGCUUUCCCCUUGGCGCUUACUGUCGAAGAUGAACCCGAAUGUGCACUACGAGACGGUCAGGUACUGAUACCUCGGAUUGAACGCUACAGACCGCGCGAUUCUUUACAAACGAAGCAGAACUGUUUCGUACGAAAGGAUGGUGCAGUCUUGAUUACAGGCGGCCUCGGCGAUAUUGGUCGUCAGUUUUGCAGGAGGCUAGUGAAAUUCCAUGCUGUGACCGAUAUAGUGCUUGCAUGUCGCCGUGGAAUGGAUGUCCCGGGAGCUGAAGCACUGCUACAAGAGGUGGCAGAACUAGGAGCCAAAGUGACUGUGCUUACUGUUGAUAUGGGAGACCGACACGGUGUCGAAGGGAUCUUUGAGCUCUUCUCCUCAUCUCGCCCUUUGCGCGGUAUCAUUCAUACCGCAGGUACACUCGAUGAUGGAGUGCUUACGUCUCUCACGGAAGGGAGGCUCGAAACUGUCUAUCGGGGCAAGGUCGACGGUGCAUGGCAUCUCCAUUGCCUGACGCAACAUAUGGAUCUGGACUUCUUCAUUAUGUGCUCUUCUCUUUCUGGAGUGAUAGGAAAUGCUGGGCAGGCCAAUUACGCCGCGGCCAACACGUUCCUUGACUCAAUCGCAUACAUGCGUUCGGCGAUGCAUUUGCCGGCCACCACAGUCUCACUGGGACUAUGGGGUGGCGAAGGGAUGGGUGAAAGGCUUGAUGAGCACUCUAAAGCUCGAUAUUCCGAGAUGGGCAUGUGCUCCUUACACCCAGAAACUGGCCUGGAUUUGUUUGAACAGCUGGUUCAAGAGGACUGUCCUCACAGCAUUGUGGCUGCCUAUGACUUCGACAAACUCCAAACAUACUACAAUGAGUCCGGCGGUGUUCCCCCUCUGUUCCGAUCGCUUGUCAAACCUAAGUUACUCUCCUCAGCUGAUCUGAAAAGGCCAGUGCUUGUCAGCGCCUUACUGGAAGUUGACCGCGAUCAGCAUGAAACCAUUGUUUUAAGCACUGUCCGACACGAAGUAGCUAAAGUCUUGGGAUUUGCAUCCGACGUCAGCAUUAACAUUGAUGAUCCAUUGAGGGAACUUGGAGUCGACUCGUUGACUUCCAUUGCUACACGCAAGCGCCUAUCUAGCCUGACCGGCUUGACGCUUCCAAGCAAAUUCGUGUUUGAUCACCCCAAUCUACGAACUCUGAGUCAAUUUUUGUUGUCAGAAAUGUACAAAUCUCUAUCGAGAAGUUCUUCUGAGACAUGGAGUGACGCGACGGAAGCCACGAGUCAAGGCACGACAUUACCAGAAACACCGAGCAAUGAGGGAUGUCUGGAACCUUGCCUUGCCUUCGAUGCAUCUCGCGCAAUCCCGGGGCCCCCCAAUACUGUCUUCAUCACGGGCUCUACAGGGUAUGUUGGUGCAUUCAUCACGGCCUAUUUGCUGAGAAGAGGCAUCAAGGCUCAUUGUCUGGUUCGUGCUGCUUCCGCAACAGGUGCUCGGGACAGGGUGGUACAGAUUCUGAGGCAGUAUGGCCUUUGGACUCAAGACUAUGAGUCGCUACUCACAGCAACAUCCGGGGACAUAUCUAAGCCGUACUUUGGAAUGUCUGAGCCAGAAUUCGGGAAAUUAGCGGGACAGGUUGACGCUGUGUGUCAUGCAGCCGCUCUGGUAGACUGGAUGCGACCAUUAGACGACUACAUCGGCGCAAACGUGACGAGUACGAAAGAAGUUCUCCGGCUAGCAGCUACCGGACGGCCGAAGCCAAUUCACCACGUUUCGACUAUAGCAGUCAUUCCAAGGUACAUGGGCUACAGUGUAUCCAAGUCUGCUACAGAAUAUGGCUAUUCAACUUCCAAGUGGAUGGCAGAGCAGAUGGUAAAAGCGGCAAGAUGGCGAGGUGCCAAAGCCUCAAUUUACCGUCUACCAUACGUAUCAGCAGCAUCAACUGGCCAUUUCCGGCUUGAUCGUGGUGAUUUCCUACACAACCUUGUGGUAGGAUGUGUCGAGAUGGGCAAAUUCCCGUCAAUUGCAACUGACCUAUCCUUGGUCCUACCAGUUGAUUAUCUGGCAGAAUCAAUAGUCACGGUCAUGACGGGAGACCUUCUGUCAGGAAAUGAUUUCAAUUUGGUCAACAACAAGGCUUUGAGCUUUGACCAGUUCUUCAAGCUGUUGGCUGGCCCUCAACAGGAACUCAUUCCGUUCAGCGAGUGGCGGACACAGGCCAUGGAGUUUGCCACAACCAACCCGAAGAGUUCAUUCGCGAGAAUCUCUGCAGUCCUGGAUAUCUGUCCCACCGAAGAAGAAGCUAUUGCAAUGUUUCACUUUACAGGCAUCGAAGUAGACAUCUUUGCCUCCAACGAACUCCCACCACCGCCAUCAUUCAAUGAGGAUUCGGCGAGAGCUUAUCUUGGACGGAUUGCUUCGGUGAAAAGUGAUGUAUUCUAG